UGCAAAGCACGUUUCGUCAAACCCGAAACCUUAUAAAUACCGGAACGCUCAUUCAAAGCUCCUCUCUUUUAUUUUCUCUCUCGUUCUCUGCAUCCGAUAUUUCGCUUGAUUCUCGUUCUUGUUCUCUGCGAUUUCUCUGCAGAAUUUGUUCAUAUUACUUAUUAUCAUAUUAUUUUCAUAGCUUAAUCUCGUAUUUCGGCAGAGAUUUGGAAUCGAACGAAAGAUAGAAUAAUAGCAUUAGCCAAUACCGGUUUCGGCAUUUGAAGAUUGCUUUGUGAUUCGUUACUUUCGUUCGAGCUCUCUUACGUCAGAUAAUCUUCUCUCAUAACACUCACAGAUACCAUGGCUAUGGAGAUGAGAAGUGUUCAGGAGCCUGAUGCUUGAUGGACUGCUCACCAAAUAGCUGUGACAAGAAAACGUUGAAGAGGUGGUUCUUCAUUGAUAAAAGGGUUGGGUAAUAAGGAUAUUUGAGUUGAAGAUUGAAGCGUAUUGCCUUGCAUUUGUGUGGGGGAUUAAGUUUACUAAGUUUCCACGUUUUAGAUUGUUCUACAAAUCUUGAUUGAAUGGACUUGAAAUCUAAUCAUACUGCUCCUGUUCUUGCUGAUCCUGCACCCAUAAACAAGUCAAGAUUGGGUGUGCAUUCCAGUAUCUUGCCAUACUCUUCAGGAGCUUUCUCCCCAGAUUUAUUGCUAAACAUUCCUUGGAAGAAAACUGGAAUACUUGAUGAUGUUCGUGCCAAUUCUUGGCUGGAUGCCAUGAAAGCCUCGUCUCCUCCUCAUAGGAAGAUAAUGAAAGACUCUAACAAUGACCCUGCGUCAACUGAUGCUGAUGUUGCUUACCGUACUUGGCUGCUUCACUAUCCAUCAGCACUUACGUCUUUUGAACAAAUCAUGAAUUGUGCAAAAGGCAAGAGGAUAGCAUUGUUUCUAGAUUAUGAUGGAACUCUUUCACCAAUUGUGGACAACCCUGAUUGUGCCUUCAUGUCUGAUGCUAUGCGUGCUACUGUUAAAAAGGUGGCAAAACAUAUCCCUACUGCAAUAAUCAGUGGAAGAAGCCGCGACAAGGUUUAUGAGUUUGUAGCUCUGAAAGAACUGUAUUAUGCUGGAAGUCAUGGAAUGGACAUCAUGGGUCCUGAUGAACAAUUAACAUCUGGUGAUCACCCAAACAAUAUUAUAUCCACCGACAAGCAGAGCAAGGAAGUUAAUAUUUUUCAGCCUGCUAGGGAAUUUUUGCCUAUGAUUAAUGAGGUAUUAAGUUCCCUUAUGGAGAAUACCAAGGAGAUUAAGGGAGUAAAUAUUGAGAAUAAUAAAUUCUGUGUCUCUGUCCAUUACCGUAAUGUAGAAGAGAAGAGUUGGGAAACAGUUGCACAGUGUGUCCAUGAAAUCAUAAAACAGUAUCCACGUCUGCAAUUGACUCAUGGGCGGAAGGUUUUAGAGGUUCGACCUGUGAUCAAUUGGGACAAAGGGAAAGCUGUCAUGUUGCUACUUGAAUCACUUGGGUUAAGUAAUUGUGAUGAUGUACUUCCGAUUUAUGUUGGAGAUGACUGCACAGAUGAAGAUGCAUUUACGGUUUUACGAGAGGGAAAUCGUGGUUAUGGCAUAUUGGUUUCGGCUGUGCCCAAGGAGACUAAAGCAUUUUACUCUCUAAGGGAUCCAUCAGAGGUGAUGGAGUUUCUCAACUCAUUUGUGCACUGGAAGCAGUCAAGUGCUCUAUGAAGUAUUUUUACGUAAAAUAAUACGAAGAAGAGGCGAAUACUCUUUGAUAUACGAAUACAAUAAGAUAGCAUAUAUGUUUUAAAGAAAA